AUGAUCAUCGAGGCCGAGUCUAUCGAUUUAUUAAAAUUUCCGAGUUGUGAACGUAAAAUAAUUUUAACAAAUAAACACCGAACAAAUAAUCAAAAACAAUAUGAAAUGUUAAUUGAUCUAUAUUGUUGUCCAUUUCCUUGGGUAUUUAGUUUAAGUCUUUAUUCUAUUGAUGAUAAAAUAAGAAUUAUUAACGAUAUUUGAUAUAAUCGUUUAUUCAAACUUUUAUCAUUUAUAUAGAAUAUUUUUUUCUAAUCAAGAAAUUGAUAAAGAAGGAAAUGAAGGAAAAAAAUUUGCUAUUUUAAUGCAAAAAGAAAAGAAAACCGUUUCGAAAUGUGAAAAAAAAGAAGAAUGUUUUAUUUUAUUUUCUGUCUUUGUUGACGAAAAACACGUUCUUUUUUUUCUUUUUUCAGUAUUUAAACGCGUGCUACUUUUAUGUUAAACACAUUUUAGAGAAGAAAAAAACAAGACAUUUGUCAUCAUUUUCUUUUCGUUUUUCGAGAAAAAACGCGUUUGAACAUGUGUUUUCUAUGUCAUUCUACGUAACUUUGUUACCGAAUGGAUGAUUUCUUAACAUUUUUGCCAAUAAGGUGUAGAAAUUCUUGUCGGCGCCAUCCCUGUGCUGCAAUGGCUUUGUAUGGCGUCACGCUGUCUUGCUGAAACGC